UGAAGUGAAACAGCAAUGGUGCCACACAUCACCCGCCGCCUAUGUUGACUUGAAACGCGUUUUUGAGCAAAGUGUUUCCAGCCAUGCACCGUUUAAUCGUCCUUGCUGUAUUUUUGGGAAAUUGUGUAACUACCUCCAACACAAAAUUGUUGCACUCUUCCCACAGUGCCUAUGAGGAAUAUGUCACGUACAUAUGGCACAACAGGCUCUACUUAUACAUUGCUGGUGCGCUCGCCUUUGCAUUCUGGGUCUUGCUCAAGAUGUUUCUCAAGAAGAAAAGCUUCCUAAAGGAUGUCAGUUCCAGAAUCCUGGAAGUCGAGAAGGAAGAUGAGCACUGUGAUAAACAUGCUGAAGUUCAUGUGUCAGGAGUAAAAAUCUUCUUUGGUUCGCAGACUGGAACGGCUAAAGGUUUUGCGAAGGAGCUGUCGGCAGAUGUGAGGAGUUUGGACAUUAUGGCUGAGGUGAUCGACAUGAAGGAGUAUGAUCCAGACGAUAGGCUGGCUGAUGAGUGCAAUAGCAAGUGCGUGUGCGUGUUCCUGGUGGCCACAUACACAGACGGAAGGCCUACCGACAAUGCCGAGUGGUUCUGCAAGUGGCUGGAGGAGGCGUCCACCGACUUCCGCUACGGGAAAACAUACCUUAAAGGCCUCCGUUACGCCGUGUUUGGCUUGGGCAACUCCGUCUAUGCCACCCAUUACAACACGGUGGGCCGAAACGUGGAUAAGUGGAUGUGGAUGCUAAGUGCUUCUCGUGUCCUGACUCGCGGGGAAGGCGACUGUAAUGUCACGAAGAGCGCCAAUGGCAGCAUUCAGGCUGACUUUCUGGCUUGGAAGCUCAAGUUCCUCAACCGUCUACAGCUUCUCUGCCAGGACGACGACAACUGCUUCGGGAAAAACAAGAGCAGCCCUUCCUGCAUCAAAACAGAUGGACAGGAAGUGGACGAGGAGGAAAACACCACUUUGGUCGAUAACUACUCUGAGGUGGAGCAGUUGGAGUCCAGCAGUGACGAAAACGACUCGUCCCCUUCCCCCUCCGUGCUGGACGUGGAGGAUCUGGGCAGCCUGAUGAGCAGCGUCAAAGAGAGUUCCUCAAAUGGUGGACAGGUGGCCAAGCGCUCCAGGAAAGUGAUGAGGAAGCGGCAAGAGGAAAAAGAGGAAGAGCGACGGGAGAUGAUCACACCCGCCCUGAGAGACGCUCUGAGCAAACAAGGUUACAAGCUGAUUGGAAGUCACUCAGGAGUGAAGCUCUGCCGUUGGACCAAGUCCAUGCUGCGAGGCCGAGGCGGCUGCUACAAACACACCUUUUAUGGCAUCCAGUCCCACCGUUGCAUGGAGACCACACCCAGCUUGGCCUGCGCCAACAAGUGCGUCUUCUGCUGGAGACAUCACACCAACCCAGUGGGCACCGAGUGGCGUUGGAAGAUGGACCCCGCUGAGAAGAUCCUGCAGGAUGCACUGGAGAAGCAUCAAAACAUGAUCCGACAGUUUCGAGGCGUGCCCGGCGUGAAGUCGGAUCGUUACGAGGAGGGUCUGAUUGUGCAGCACUGCGCUCUGUCCCUGGUGGGAGAGCCAAUCAUGUACCCCGAGAUCAAUCGUUUUGUGGGUCUCCUCCACUCCCAACGCAUUUCCAGCUUCCUGGUCACCAACGCUCAGUUCCCCGAGGAAAUCAGGAGCCUGGAGCCCGUCACGCAACUGUAUGUGAGCGUAGAUGCAAGCACCAAGGAGAGCCUAAAGAAGAUCGACAGGCCACUCUUUAAGGACUUCUGGACACGAUUCCUGGACAGCCUCAAGGCCUUGGCAGAGAAGAAGCAGAGGACUGUCUACCGCCUGACGCUGGUGAAGGCAUGGAACGUUGAGGAGAUGACUGCCUACUCUGAGCUCAUUGCUUUAGGCCAGCCUGACUUUGUUGAGGUCAAGGGUGUGACAUACUGCGGUGAGAGUUCAGCCAGCAGUCUGACUAUGGCCAACGUCCCGUGGCACCAGGAAGUGGUUGCCUUUGUGCAGCAGCUGGUCGACAUGCUGCCAGACUACGAAAUCGCCUGCGAACAUGAACACUCUAACUGCCUGCUCAUUGCGCACAACAAGUUCAAGGUGGAUGGUGAUUGGCAUACAUGGAUCGACUAUGAGCGAUUCCAAGACCUAGCUCGAGCCCACCAGGAGAGCGGGGGCCUCAGCGUCUUCUCUUCGUUGGACUACAUGGCGCCGACCCCUAAAUGGGCACUUUUCGGAGCUUUCGAGCAGGGUUUUGACCCGGCAGAUACCCGCUUCCAGAGACGCAACAAAGGCAAAGACAUCUCCGGUUGCUGAUUGUAUGAGGCUCUCAUUUUCUCAUUAAUGUGCUUCUUUCUUCUUUGGGUGGGGUGGAGGGAGUUUUUCUAAUGAACUGACAGAAUUUAAUCUUGUGAGCGCCUGAUGGUGGUUGAUUAAAUUAAAUUGAUCCUCUCAGCAGCUUCAUUAGAAGCCUUGUUAUUGAGCACCCUUGCCACACUCAAGUUAGAUCUGGCCCACUACAUCUUGCUAUUGUCCCAAAAUGAAAUCUUUUCAUUAAUUUUUUUUAACGCAAAUUUCUCCCAUCCUGGUGGUAAAAUGUUAACCACCUUUACAGAUUGACGGUACAUUCGCAGUUCGACAUUUACAAAAUCCGGGGAAACUAUCCUGGAUUAUUUGGUGAAAAGGAAUUAUGUUGAAGAUGGUGUCUCAUUGGCCAACAUGACUGCAAACCCAAAAUAAAUGUAAGGUCAUUUCAAUUUUUUAUCAUAAAAAUACAAAUGGGAAGUUUUUUUUCCAACACAAAUUAGUGUUUUUAUUUGUAGCAUACUUGUCACGUGUCAGCAAGCACCCCCACCCCAAAUUUUUUGGGGGGUUUUUCAGUUUUUUUUUUCUGAGAAACGAUGUGCUGUUUUUCACUACUCGUGUAUUUUCCUUUCAAAUACAAAUUGAAUGCACAAGUUGUUUUUGUCUGAUUUUUACAUGGGAAGAUGUGUUAUAUAUACCGUAAUUUCCCAAAUAUAAGGCGCACCCGUGUAUAAUGCGCACCCCAAAUUUACUUGUAAAAUUUGGGGAAAAUUAUUGUACCCGUUUAUAAUGCGCACCCUAAUUUUAGCACCAAUAAAUAGAAGAAUACAAGAAAACAGAGCUCGUGUACAGAUACAGAGAUGUCAUUUUACUGACUGGUGAAACACAGCACAAGCAUAGCACAUUGGUAGUUCAAAACAUUACCGUAAACUGACAAUAUUUACGGUAAUAAUAUGAUUUGACAACUUCUCCAACUUACCAGAAUCUAGGAGAAAACAAAACGGAUGUGACUUUUCUUUUAAAGGCUGCUGUAUAACUUGCUCGUUUCCUCAUGAUGAAUAAAUGUUUCUUCCAUGGAUUGAUACGGUAAAACUACUGAACUAUUGUUAUUUGGGUUUGAGUUUCCCGAGGGACCGAUAUAGUUGACGGACACAGGAAGUGUGUGUCCUUACAUUUGUUAUGCUCCGAAUUGUGGAGCUGCAAUAAACGUCGACUCAAAUGAGUUCAAGAAACUAAAUUCUGUGCUUUAUGAAGAGUGAAAAAAGCAGAAUUUAACACAGACGAAAUCAUUCGGCCGAUUAGUGUGAAGUGUUACCGAAACAAAAUGGUGACGUCACGUACCGUAAUGGUCGGCAACGGGUCGCCGCAUACGUUUCUUCAACACAACGUGGCCGUGUCAAUGAAAAAAAAUCGGUUUAUAUAUAUAUGUAAUACAUAUAUAUUUCUGUCUCCAUCCAUGUACCCGUUUAUAAUGCGCACCAUGCGUUUACAAGUUGAUUUUGGGGGAAAAAAGUGCGCGUUAUAUUCGGGAAAUUACGGUAACACAUAUAUUCAGCUGCUCAUGCAAAGUGUACAUGUUACCCUGCUCUAUUUUCUUCUGUCUUUGAUUAACAGCAAGCUAUGACAUGCCGUAGGACUGACCUCGUUUUAUUCAUCAUCAUCCUCAGAAAUU